UUCUCUCUCGCGCAAUUCUCACAUUUUCUACCUCGCCAAACACAUCCUUUACCCGGAAAAAGAAAACAUCGUUAAGCCUGCAACAACAGAAAUAAACACAGAAACAACAGAGAAAUGUUUAGAAUUGCAAAAUCAAGACCUUUCCAAUCCCUAACAGCUAAUCUCCACCUCCUCCAAAGCUGUUCUGUAAGCGGAACAGCAAAGGGAAAGGGAAAGAUCAAAGAUGGCCAACCAAAGCAACGAUCUAAAAUCUCCAUUAAAAAAGGUCAAGACCCAUCAAAAGCACCAGCAGUAUCGCGUCAAGACGCAGAAAAGUACCGAUUAUAUGAGCAAUGUAUCAAUGCGCCAACUCCAGUUCGUUUCCUCAAGCCCAAAGAACGUGAGCGUGAAGCAGAGCGGGAAAAAUUGGGGCUUACAAGCUUUGAAAGACAGAGAGAAAAAGAGAUUCUCAAAAAAGGGGGUAGGAAAGCUAUGGGUGUUCCUGAUGAGCCUAUGAUAAUGGGUACUCCUGGAUUCGACCUCAUAGAACUUGGGUUGGUGGAUGCUGAUAAAAUACCUAAAUAUGAGCUUACUGAAGAGGAUGGGAAAAGAUUGGCUAAAGAAUAUAGUAGGGUUUUGAUGAGAAAACAUAGGGCAAGACAAGCAGCUGAGUCUACCCUUUUGAGAUUGAAGAAAGAAGCUAUUGAAGCAUUGCCUGAGAAGUUAAAGGCGGCUGCUUUGGUUCCUGAUUUGACUCCCUUUCCUGUUAAUAGAUUUAUGGCUACCUUGACUCCUCCUAUUGAAGGGUAUAUUGAGAAGGUUAAGGAGGCUACCAAAAGGAGUUCUGGGAAAGAGAAAAUUAGAUGAGAUGGAGCUGUGGGAUAAGCAAAAGUGGUAGGAAGAAUGGUUGUAAUUGAAGCUGGAAGGCUUUCUUUGUGAUUUGACCAAGUCAUGGAAGCACUGAAGACAAAUGUAAUAAUAUCAUAAAAGCUUGAACUACUCUUGGUAUUUCGGUACCUUAAGUACUUAGAAAAUUUUGCUGGCUUGUUAUUUUCAGUGCUAUAUUAUAAUUAGUAUAUUUUUAUGGAGCAGUGAUAAUUGUGCUGAAA